UAAAGGUUCCAAUCGCUUUCAAGAAGGACGUGAAUAUUGUAACCGUACGUACAUGUGCACGAAAUUCAAUUUAGUUACUUUCGUUUGAAUGGAAACACGUCAAGAAAAAGCUGCACUGCACUCAGAAGCUUUGACGAGGUAGAAUUUCGCUCAUAAGAUGGAAGGACACUGAACGUUCAUUUUUCCGUUGGCGACAGCGGUGAUCCUCCGACGAUACAACUGAACAUCUGCUGUCUCCUGAUUUAAACGGGAGAUCUUUAAAUUGCGGACUGUAGCCAUGGUUUUAUUUGAAAUGAUAUCAGAAUUACGCGGUACAAGUUUGCAACUUAGCUUCCAUUGACAGUGGUUAAAUAAGCGGAAAAGACAAACAUCAAGUUACAAAGGACCAACGAUCUGGUAUUUUUAAUUUGACUUUCCAUCGAGAUAUUGAACGCCGAGCUCAGAUAGUAACCUGUGUGGUCCGUAUUCUCACACGAAUCUCUACGCUGCCAAAGCGGCGAUUUUUUUUAUCGAGUGGGAACCUAAGAGAUUACUGCCGUUAAAACAGAAAACCUGCCGCUGACAGGUAAUGUUGAACAACACAGAAAAUAUACCCAACGCGAGCAGUAAUGUGUAGUUAACGAGUGGAAGUGGACACCCGAGUGCAACCAGUUCCUCAAGUUUAAGUCGAGUCUCGUCGAGUGUCAUGCCAUUUUCAACAGCAUGUGUGGUAGCUUUUGGUUUGCUGUUUAUUUUGAUGUGUUUGGUCAGUAUAUUGGGAAAUUCGAUCGUUUGCUACAUCGUUUAUCAAAAACCUGCUAUGCGAUCAGCCAUAAACAUCUUAUUGGCGACAUUAGCGAUGGCCGAUGUGCUCACAGCAUCGCUGUGUAUGCCUUUUACUAUCGUAACCUUGAUCGCUCAGAGGUGGCUUUUUGGCGAUAUAUUUUGUGAAAUAAAUGCCUUUUUGUUUAGCUUCUUGGUGACAGAAGGAACAUUCGUAUUGAUAACUAUAUCAGUGGACCGUUUCAUGAUAAUUCUUCAACGCAAAGACACUCUCACCCCUCGAAAGGCGAAAAUGUACAUCGUGAUCUCUUGGAUUUUGGCUUUUGUGGUAGUUUUGCCUCCUGUAUUCGGCUGGGGUAAAUAUGGUUAUGAGGUGGGUCAAAUUCAGUGCUCGCUGGAAUGGCCCAGGCGAAACGCCGUUGAUUUAUCAUACGGUCUUUUCUUUUUUAUUGCAACAUUUUCAAUUCCGCUACUUGUAAUGACAUAUUGCUUCGGGUCUAUUUUAAGAACCGUUCGAAGGAACUCAACUCGCAUUCAAAAUCACCCACCCGUACCUGGUGGAGUGAUGACGAAAAUGCACCGACCAGGCAAGAUGAACAUCGACUACAGUUUCAAGACAAGGGCUUUCACCACCAUAUUAAUCCUGUUUAUUCUGUUCGUGAUCUGCGGUUUUCCUUUCACUAUGAUCCGCUUUCAUUUGCUUUUUGAAGGAUAUGAAAAGUCAUUGUCUUACACAGCCGAUCUUGUGGUUGUAUUAAUAGCCUACUUAAACUCUACCCUGAAGCCCAUAAUUUAUUACAUUCGCAUCAGUAAAUUCCGAGAAGCUUGCUUGGAUAUCAUGCCUUCUUGGUGCCACGUUCCACACUGUCUACCAGGACGAACAAUGAGGCGCAUACGACCACAUGUGGUUUAUGAGGUGGACAAAAAAUUUGCAACAUCAGUGCUCUAACAGCACCGAGCUACGCCACAAAGUUUUGUUUAAGAUAUUUUAGGAAGACUAACAGUGAUACUUAAAUUUUUAUACUUUUCUUGCACAUGCCACAAACUGUGAACAAUAGAUAAAGGCUGGUCGAGUGUCAAUACCUGAAAAAUAUAUUUAUAAAGAUUAAUUAUUGUAAGUUAAUGUGGUUGUAAAUUUAAAACAUCAUACAAAUAACACUCUUAAUGAGAUAUUUACUGCAUUUAAGUUCUGUUUAACCUGCCAUUUAGUUUCAUUUGUGAGUUUCAAUUGCCUGCAAUUUCAGCAUAGUCUUAAAGCUUCCACAACUAUUGCAGCUAGUGUUUGAGACAGAUGAAUCUUCAGGACUGCAUGUGGAUAAUGUAUUAUUUAUAAUUCUGUACUCAAGACCUUAAGUUAGAAUGCAGAGUCAAAUUGGAUCCAAAAACAUGUCACUUAAUUACAUUAAUAUCAGUUUUCCUUACUCUGUGCUACAUGCUUCUCACUGUUUACCUUUGAGGAUUUGGUUUUAGAUCAAUCAUGCGAUAUUUCCUGAUUCAUUUUGUCUUCUCAUCACCGUUCUGCUGAUCAAUGUACUGCAGAUACCAUACAGAGAAAUUACUUAUUGGUCACCCCUGGGAUUGAAAUGGCCAAAUGAGGCUUAAGGACAAGGAAGAGCUCUGUGUUUCUUACAAGCAGAAGAACCAAACAUUUCUGAUGUCUUCUUGAGUUUUUCAAAUCUUACUGUCUCUGAACCUUUUGUAUCCAUGUGAGAAUAACACAUCGGUUACUCAGUUUUAAUUAUUUCCAAGAGUAUGACAAUUGCCCAAUAGCAGUUUACACAAUGUGGUUAAGUUAUAAAAAUUAUUUAAAAUAUUUAAGAAACUGGCAUUUACAGACUUCCCUAAGAAUAUUUUACAACUGCUACAUUCCCAAAAUGUGAACAGCCACUGUCCUGUGAGAAUGCCCCUUACAUCAGUGAAUCAGACAUAUUUAUCGCAACAUGUUGAAGUUGUUUUCCACUACUUAGGGUUCUACACAGAGUCAUGUUUGAAGCUUAAUUAGGUCCUUGAGAGGCCUUGUAUGUCAGUUUGUCCAGAUUCAUUUUGUGGUUUAGGGGUCAAAAUCAUUUCUCUUUUAGCAAAGUCCACUGAAUUAUAGUAGCUAUAUUGCAAUGAAGUAGAUUUCAAAUAAAUAGAGUUGGAAAUUAUAAAUAAUAAUUCAGAAUUAAAAGUAUUAAUAAAGUCAGGGAAUACAGUGCAA